AGAAACGAUGAACCAGCGGUGAGGCCUGGAGGACUGUCCUUUUUGGCUGUUGAGUUCAUGCCCUUGCGCCCAAAAAAAAAGAUCCUGUGCACUUCAUGACCGUGAAUCCAAUUACACCGGAUCGUUCGCGAUCCCGGCUUGAAACGAUCAGGGGUCAGUCAGUCAACCGCGAGAGUCGAGCGAUAAUUAAGAAAAAUUACUGUAACGUUGGAGUCAAGGAACUUGGUCAAUGCCUCACCGGCUCCAUUCUUGGAGCUAGAUAGAUGAUGUACAUCAGGGUACCCAUAAUCAUCGUGCGGGAAGAGCCCACUUCCCUGGGUGAUGAUGGAUCAGGAUACUCCAUCGUGACUCCAUAGAAGCUCUGCACCAACCUCCCUCAG